UGUGCCGUUUGUUUUAACAAAAUGAUUUACCUGAAGUACUUCAAAGACUACUUUAACGAUGAGUUUUCUGUAGCUUAUAUCAUUGAACAAGGAACAACAUUGUUUGCUUUGUAUAUAAACAUAAAGUUUUCCCGCCAAAAUGUUUAUAUUGCGAAGCUUUGUCCCGCAUGGCUGUGUAAGAACGACAGGUGUCCAAGUCCAAUCAAACUAUACUCUUUGCCUCGUGUUGUUGUAUGAAGAGAAAAAUACCGGCUCACACGAUAAAAUAGCACUGAAAUCGAAGAAUAGUGUUUUUUCAACAAGAAACUUUGCAGAAUAGCUGAUAAGAAGGAAACAUAUAUUGUUGGCGUUGUCAGCAUAGAAUUUGACUCAUAAACAGCUCAUUCAAGAUCAUUAUCCUAGUCGUGAACGAACUCGUAGAAAAUACCUUUAUUUGACGACGCAUAUUUAGCUGAUGAUGACUCAAAUCACCUUAAAUAAAGAGCAUGAUAACGUGAAAAUUCAACAGGAUUCAAAUGGAACCGAAGAUAAUCAUCCCAAAGACUUGGGCGAAGAAAAGCCAUUUUUGGAAGAUCCACCCGCAAGUCACCUUCAACUUAACUAUGCAAUAGACGAAAACCCACCUUGGCACAUGGCUCUGUUCUUGGGAUUUCAGCAUUAUCUUACGAUGUUUGGGAGUACGGUUGCAUUGCCUCUACUUCUCGCAAAGUUCAUGUGUGUUGGCAAUGAUGGUGUUGCAAAAAGUAAACUGAUUUGCACUUUAUUUUUCUCGUCCGGCAUCGCGACAUUGUUACAGAGUACGUUUGGUGUGCGGCUGCCAAUCGUCCAAGGAGGGACAUACACGUUCGUAUCACCAACCAUUGCCAUAAUGAUGUUGCCUAAAUGGAAAUGUCCAUCUUCUGAUUUGCCCCCAGAAGUUCAACAGAGCAAUCAAUCGUGCUGGAAAAAUGUAUGUGCAAACGAGACAAAGGCAACUUUGCCUGCUUUCUUAAAAGUUGUAAAUAAGUCAGCCUCUGAUCCCCAACAAGAGAGUGAGGAGUCGAAUGCGUGGCAACCCCGUGUCAGAGAGAUUCAAGGAGCCAUAAUUGUUGCCUCUUUACUACAAAUCGUUAUUGGUGCAACAGGUGCCAUGGGAUUUCUUUUGAAAUUCAUAGGACCUCUAACCAUCACUCCAGCUAUAACUCUUGUCGGGCUCUCCUUGUUUGAUGUUGGAGCAGAUUAUGCUUCAAAACACUGGGGAAUCGCCAUUUUAACAAUCAUCCUUGUGAUCGUGUUCUCUCAAUAUAUGAAGAACAUCAAGGUUAUUCUUCCAGCAUACAACAAAACAAACGGUUUCUACACUACAAGUGUUGCAUUGUUCGAACUGUUUCCGGUACUUUUUGCUGUCAUUAUAUCAUGGUUGCUAUGUGUAAUUUUAACCGCAUCUGGAGCGUUUGAGGAAAAUCAUCCUGUAAGAACAGACACUAAGGUUUCCAUACUGCGCGAGGCCCCUUGGUUUAGAAUACCUUUUCCAGGUCAGUGGGGAACGCCCACUGUAUCUGUGGCAGCGGUUAUUGGCAUGUUAGCAGGCGUCAUGGCAGGCAUCAUCGAAUCUAUUGGUGACUACUACGCAUGUGCACGACUGUCAGGUGCGCCUUCAGUGCCACACCACGCAUUGAACCGCGGUGUCCUCGUUGAAGGAGUGUGUUGUAUGUUAGCUGGUGCAUUCGGCAGUGGGGCUGGUACAACAUCUUACAGUGAAAAUAUUGGAGCAAUUGGAAUUACCAAGGUCGGCAGUCGCCGAGUUAUUCAAUAUGGUGGUCUCUUUAUGUUAAUUCUUGCUAUUUUUGGAAAAUUUGGUGCGUUAUUUGCUACAAUACCCGAACCAAUCAUUGGUGGCGUCUUUAUCAUAAUGUUUGGUAUGGUCUCCGCUGUUGGUUUAUCAAGUCUUCAGUUUGUUGAUAUGAAUUCCGCGCGAAAUCUCUUCAUCGUCGGGUUUAGCAUUUUCUUUGGCCUUCUCCUGCCCAAGUGGUUGCAGAAAAACAGUAAAAGCAUUGAUACUGGCGCUGAUGUCUUGGAUCAAGUUAUUUUUGUUUUACUAACGACCAGUGUGUGGGUAGGGGGUUUCACGGGCUUUAUCCUUGACGUCACACUUCCGGGGACGGACCAGGAGCGUGGUAUCUUGAAGUGGCGGCAUGUGGAAGAAGAGUCCUCUGAAGGUGGCGUCAAGACUGCCUCUAUCCACACAUACGAUAUCCCCUAUUUGACCAGGUUCACCCAAAAGUUCCCCAUUGUGCGAUACGUUCCAUUUUUACCUUAUUAUCCGAACUAUGAGGGCGACGUGGAGAAUGCAAAGCAACACAAUGGUACAAAGAGGAGCAAUGAAGGUGGAAAAUAUUUGAAUUCAAAUGGAGAUGCGGAGACUGUUCAUUUAUGAUCCUCGCGUUGGAGUUCUUCCAGUUGAAAAAACUAUAGUAAAUGAUUCUUUGUAUUUUUUUUAGAUACCUCAACUUCUAACUGUUGCAGUAGUAGAACACAAUCCUUAUAUUAAAUGUGAUGUUUUAUAGUAAACUUUAGAUUUAGUAUUUGUUCAUCGAUGCUAGAUGCAUCAUCUUUUCUUACGUACGAAAUCCUUUUAUAUAUGAUUGUAGUGAUAUGAGAAAACACUGCAGUUUGAGAUUGAUCGAA